GGCGAUUCAGGUGAGGAGGACUGUGACAAUAUAAAUCGUUUGAACCGACAUCAGUUACUUGCUCCAGCUGAAAUGGUAGUACUACAACGCGAAGAAACUAAUGGUGAUGACACCACCGACAAUGAAGUUUUAGUCAACCCUACUAGUACUGCUCAAAUCUUCGAACCCAUUUCUACGGCAUCGGUGACCGUCGCUAACCCUCGUCGUGGAAAACGGAGCAACAUCAGGCCACGAAAAUGGAUAAAACGAGAUUUGCGUCUUCAAGGAAAUGAGUGGUCACCUCCGCCUCCCCAUGUUGUGCUCACACUCACCAAAGAAAGUGAACCGAUUGAGUUCUUCGAAUUAUUUUUUAACGAAGACGUCAUAAGGUAUAUAGUAAGGCACACGGUAAUGUACGCCGUUGAAAAGCACAAUACUACUUUUUUUCGUCUUUCAGGGGAUGAGAUGUACUGCUUCAUUGGAAUUUUAAUUCUCAGUGGUUACGCGCCUUUGCCGAGACGGCGUAUGUAUUGGGAGUCAAACGAAGAUACCCACAAUGUUUUGGUGGCCAAAUCAAUGCGACGUAAUCGAUUUGAGGAAAUAUUUAGAUAUUUUCAUGUUGCUGAUAAUAGGAACCUAUGCACAGCGGAUAAAAUGGCAAAAAUUAGGCCAUUGUUCAACAUCAUGAAUGAAAAGUUUCUCGUAUACGCUCCCAUUGAAAAAAACUUCAGCAUUGAUGAAUCAAUGAUACCCUACUAUGGACGUCAUGGCUGUAAACAGCAUAUUCAUGGAAAACCUAUCCGUUUUGGAUUCAAAGCAUGGGUUGCAGCGACUCGCCUUGGGUACUGUUUGCAAGUAGACUUAUACGUGGGACGAUCAGAACCGCGAGAUACUGGCCUAGGGCAACAUGUUGUCACUAAAUUGACGAAUAAAGUAAAGAGCGAAUUUCCAGACACACAGUUUUCUGUGUAUUGUGACAAUUUUUUUACAUCACCUGGAUUAUUAAGUGCUUUAAAAAGUAGCAAUGUCAAAAUUACUGGAACAGUUCGUCAAAAUAGAGUGGACAAAUGUCCACUAAUGGAGGUAAAGUCUUGUAAAAAGCAGGCCAGAGGAUUUUACGAUUACAGGCUGGACACUAACGAUAAUAUUUGCGCCAUACGUUGGAAUGACAACAGCGUUGUUACACUGUUGUCAAAUGAAUUUGGCGUACACCCUGUUCAAAAAGCCCGCCGAUAUUCAGUUGCUGCCAAACAGAAAAUUCAUAUUGAUCAACCAAAUGUUGUACACCAGUACAAUCGAUAUAUGGGUGGAGUGCACUGUGUAAAAACAAAACAGUGAAAAUGUGCCGCAAAUGUGACGUUAAUUUGCAUGAUAAAUGCUUCGAUCCGUUCCAUUCAUAAAUGAUAUUACGUCUUAUGUACCUUACUAGCCCAUUUUAAUUACUCAAAGUUACUAUUUUUCUUAUCUAAACUAGAAAUAAAAAUGACUAGCUUAUAAUAUUGUUUUAUUUCGUCGAUUCUCUCUCCAUACUGGUGUACGACCUUAUGUGCCCAAGGGGUCGUUUUCGACCCACUGAAAAAAAUCUACUUUCAAAACUGAAAACCGCAAAUUACUACCACAAC